CGCUCGCCGGCGGGCCCGCCUCAGCCAAGAUGGCGGCCUCCUGUGUGUCCUGCGGUGCCGUGGUUUCCCAGCGGCUCCUUCUCCGGCCAAGGGUUAGCCUGGCCCCGAGACAGGUCCUCUGGAAAGCCGCGGAGUUGCAGUCGGUUCCCGGGCCCCAGAUAUUGAGGCUAAAACAUGUCACAGUUGUAACAACAAAGAAAAAUGUUAAAGCCUUAAGACGUGAAACCUACACAGUGGAUUUUAUUAAAAAGCAGAUUGAGGAGUUCAACAUAGGGAAGAGACAUUUAGCCAACAUGAUGGGAGAAGAUCCAGAAACUUUUACGCAAGAGGAUAUUGAUAGAGCUAUUGCUUAUCUUUUUCCCAGUGGUUUGUUUGAGAAGCGAGCCAGACCAAUAAUGAAGCAUCCUGAACAGAUUUUUCCAAAACAGAAAGCAACCCAGUGGGGAGAAGAUGGCCGUCCAUUUCAUUAUCUCUUUUAUACUGGCAAGCAGUCAUACUACUCAUUAAUGCAUGACACAUAUGGAAAGAUACUCGAUAUAGAAAAACAUAAAAAUCAGUUGCAAGCCAAAGGUCUGUUUUCAGAAAAAGAUAAAACUACAGACCUGAUUGGCAGCAGAUGGCUGAUUAAGGAGGAACUAGAAGAAAUGUUGGUGGAAAAACUGUCAGAUCAAGAUUAUGCGCAGUUCCUGCGGCUGAUGGAAAGGUUACUGCAGUGCGGUGCUGCCGAAGAAGAAUUUGUGCAGAGCUUCCGCAGGAGUGUCACUGUGCAAUCAAAGAAGCAGCCGAUUGAGCCCGUGCAGCAUGACGCGCAGGGAAUGGCCUUCAGCACCAGCGAAGGUAGAAGAAAGAGUGCAAAAGCAGAGGCAGUUGUUUAUGAACAUGGAAAUGGAAGAAUAAAAAUUAAUGGCAUCGACUACCUGCUUUACUUCCCUGUGCUACAGGACAGAGAACAGUUGAUGUUCCCUUUUCACUUCCUGGACCGACUGGGAAAGCAUGAUGUGACCUGCACCGUCUCCGGGGGCGGGAGGUCGGCGCAGGCUGGAGCCAUACGCUUGGCAAUGGCCAGAGCUUUGUGCAGUUUUGUCACUGAGGAAGAGGUCGAGUGGAUGAGACAAGCUUCUCUCUCUGUGCUGCAGCUGGACUGCUCACGUCUGAUCCGCGCGUCCGAGAACGGAAGAAGCCGGGCCAGGAGGGAGCCCGCAGGAAGUUUACCUGGAAGAAGCGCUGAGUGUUGCCGGGAAAGGAGGGGGAGCGUGCACCUGCAUGUGGCGAACACACAUCAAUAAGUGCUGGCCAGUGGGAAGGCCACAGUCAGACACUGGGUUGUGAGAGCUUAUUUUCAGAUGCUACUUUGCAAAGGUUCCCUUUUAAAAAUGUUAGCUUCUGCCCUAACUGGUUUGGCUCAGUGGAUAGAGUGUCGGCCUGCGGACUGAAAGGUCCCAGGUUCGAUUCCGGUCAAGGGCAUGUACCUUGGUUGUGGGCAUAUCCCCAGUAGCAGGUGUGCAGGAGGCAGCUGAUCGAUGUUUCUCUCUCAUCGAUGUUUC